AUGGUAUCCAAUCUUCAACACAUCCAGUCGGAGAUAAUUGAUGUGCUUACAGAUACACAUCAUGGGAAAAUCAGUCCACUGCUAUUAACUCCUGAUCAAUUAACAAAAGAGAUCAACAGAAUCAAAGGCCACUUACCAACAUCGCGUACACUACCGUUCACAGAAGACAAUUUGACCGAUUUUUACAAGCUAAUGAAAGUGAAGUCAACAAUUAAAAAUCAGCAUGUAUUAUUUUUAAUACAAAUACCACUGCUAGACAAGCAGCAAUUUGAAUUGUUCAAGACAACACCGAUACCGGUUGUAAUAAACAAAACCAUGAUAAUUAUCGAAACUGAAGUGGAGUACUUGGCAGCCAACACUGUUCGAGAUCAGUACAUACCAUUUGAUGACCAUGAGUUACGGGAAUGUUUUUUAACUAAGGAUAAUACAUACCUUUGCGAUAAUAAACAAACAAGACUAGGUAUAGCAUCAUCAGUACAUUCAUGUGAAAUUAAUCUAUUUAAUGGUAAUCAGUCAACAACAUGCAACAUAAUAAAACUUCAAGGAAAUAUUGCAUUGAAACAACUACACAACCCGAACCAGUGGCUAUACGCAACAAAAUUCGAAACAUUGAUGUCAGCUAGCUGUGAGACCUACUUGAGUCAGUUCUCACUGAUAGGAUCCGGAAUGCUUACAUUUGGACCUACGUGCAUCAUUAAAAACGCAGAAAUAACCAUACAUGGCCAUUAUUUUAUCUCCAGCACUGUAUCCACGUCAUUUCCACGAUUUGGAAACUUAUCAACAGUUGUACACAUUAAUGAGAUGCAGAAAAUCUUCAAUACAACACCAAAUAAUGUAGAAACACAACUCAAGGAACUCACAGAAUUACAAAACCAGCUGACUAAGGAAAACUUGACAUAUCUUCCCUUUAGAGUGCGACUAAACAGUAUUCAUCAUCAUACGAUAAGUUAUUUGGCGUUGUUAAUUUCUAUAACAAUAAUAAUAAUCAUUACUUGGAAAACCAAACAUAACAGAUGUCAGAAACACACAAUAAGCGAAAUUUCAACACAAGGAAAUGAUAUGCAGAAUGCAGAAUUACGUCAACAAAAUUUGGACUUCACUGUGACCACAACCUAG